CUCUGAUUUCUGCCAAACACUUCAAAAUCUACCGGACAAAUCACAAUUGCAGACAAAAUUAGUGGGAUACAUUCAAGGCACACACAGCCAAGCAGUCAUACGCUUAGAAGCAGGAGUGCCUACAGAUACAGAGUGAGAAAGAAGAAAACUAUUGUUUUCUGACUUUCCAACAGAGGGGAAGGAAGGCUGUGAGAUAUGGCAUGUAUGCUCAGGAAGAUUGCAACACCAUUUCCUGGACUUUGGGUUUUCCUUAUGGUUUUCUCCUCACUCGCACAGACAGGAUUACUGAGAUAUGAUGAUUUGCUUCCAGAUGACAGUAAAGAUAACAUCACAAUUUUUACAAGAAUUCUCGACAGACUUCUUGAUGGGUAUGACAACAGACUGCGCCCUGGCCUGGGAGAAAGUGUAACUGAAGUCAAAACUAACAUCUAUGUAACAAGUUUUGGACCAGUCUCAGACACGGAUAUGGAAUACACAGUUGAUGUCUUCUUCCGUCAGAGUUGGAGAGAUGAGCGUCUUAAGUUUCAAGGUCCCAUGCAGGUUCUAGCACUGAAUAACCUCCUGGCCAGCAAAAUCUGGACACCUGAUACAUUUUUCCACAAUGGAAAGAAAUCUGUCGCCCAUAACAUGACCACUCCUAAUAAACUCCUAAGACUGGUAGACAAUGGAACCCUGCUGUACACCAUGAGGUUAACAAUACAUGCCGAAUGCCCCAUGCACCUGGAAGAUUUUCCAAUGGAUGCACAUGCAUGUCCGUUAAAGUUUGGAAGUUAUGCUUACACAAACUCUGAGGUGGUUUAUAUCUGGACGAAUGGAGUUGACAAUUCUGUGUCAGUGGCUGAGGAUGGCUCUCGUUUGAAUCAAUAUGACUUGUUAGGUCAUGCUAUUGGCACAGAAGUCAUCAGCUCCAGCACAGGAGAAUAUAUAGUGAUGACAACAUAUUUCCAUUUGAAAAGGAAAAUUGGCUAUUUUGUGAUUCAAACUUACCUUCCAUGCAUCAUGACUGUCAUCUUGUCUCAGGUUUCCUUCUGGCUAAACAGAGAAUCAGUUCCUGCACGCACUGUUUUUGGUGUCACCACUGUCCUGACCAUGACCACCCUAAGUAUCAGUGCAAGAAAUUCUUUACCCAAAGUGGCAUAUGCCACGGCUAUGGACUGGUUUAUGGCCGUCUGCUAUGCUUUUGUGUUUUCGGCCCUUAUUGAAUUUGCCACAGUGAACUACUUCACCAAACGGAGUUGGGCAUGGGAUGGAAAGAAAGCUAUGGAGGCCCAGGAGCUACGCAGAAGGGAAUCGGCACCUCUCUCCAAAAAAGCCAACAACACUUUCAAUAUAGUGGGGACAACCUAUGCCAUCAACAUUGCAAAAGAUCCAGGAUUAUCGACCAUCUCAAAGAGUGCUGCAGCUCCUGCAAAAAUGCCAAAGUUGGAAGAAAGGAUCAUCGAAAGCAAGAAAACAUACAACAGUGUCAGUAAAGUGGAUAAGAUGUCCCGCAUUAUAUUCCCUGUGCUUUUUGCAAUUUUUAAUUUAGUGUAUUGGGCAACGUAUGUCAAUAGGGAACCCAUUAUAAAAGGCUCAAACCCCAAAAAGUGAAUGAGCCUAACAACUGCCCGCUCAAGAGAAUUCAAGACCAAGUGUUGUCAAUUAAAUGCUAUAAUAUAUUUAUUUAGGUUUAUUUUUAUAUUCACAAUGAAAUGCAUGAGUUUUGUUUCUACAUUUAUUUAUUUUAUUUACUAUAUGAAACACUGCAGAUUGUUUUCUUCCUCUUUGCGCAUAUGACUCCAGUCACGUCAAAAUUAGACAAGUAGGGAAAGGCAAAGCUAGUUAUUUCCUAGCACCUUGCUUUGCUCAUUGGAAACAAUUGUUUUUUUUAAGAUCUGUCAAAGAUUCAUUAUACUGUAUGAAAAGACAGGCACACUACUGUUUAUACUCUUAAUUGUAUGGUGAUUUACUUUGGACAAUUUAGAACUAAUAUAACCUUUUUCUCAAGUAAAACAUAGGAAUAUUAGUGCAACAGAAGACUCCUAAGCAUUGUCUGAGUAUUCACACAUGAUGUUCAGCAGCAAUAGCAAGCACAUAGAAUGCUGGAAAAAUAUUAAUAAAUGUUAUCCAUCUUCUGAACUGUCGUUAUACAACAUCAUGACUUCUGAUAGGAUAUUUUAAAUCUGCCUGUACACAUUGUAGUUCAGUGUGUACUUUUACAGCCUGAACACAUGCAAUUAGAAGAACAAGGUGCCUUUCUUCCUUCAUCAAGAUAGAACAUUGGAACAUGCUUUUGUCCUAAAGGUAUGCAUAUGGCUAUGUCUUAUUGUUUUGAAUAAUUUGUCAAUCUCUACAGUCUUCUAAGUAUCCAGAAAACAAGGGCAUAAAACAAAUCCAAGUAAAUAAAAACAAGCAACAUUUUGUGGCACAACACUCAGAGAAAGCAUUGGUUUGGCACAAGCUGGCCUGUCACACAGAAAGAAAGUUUUAAGAGUGAUCUUGUACUACAUACAGCUCACUGGCUGCUGUGCUAUAGAUGCAUUUUAAUGAACAAUGGCACUUUACUUGGCACUUAAAAUGUAAAAAGAGAUAUCUCUAUUGUUACUUUUAAUCCAUUUGUCUUUUAUAUACCAAUAUACCAUUGACUGAAAGGAUCUCUAAGACAUAAUUUCAUGCAUAGGUCAACCCUGUUAGGUACAGUACUGGUAUGUACUGUAAGAACACUGAAAAUAUAAUUUGCUUAUUGUUUUCACUUGAAUAACUUAUUAUUUAUUUGAAGACAACACUUGACCUUGGCCCAUUCUUCCCACUACCGGGAAACUGCGAACAAUCCCACACAGUAAAUGAAUUAGGAGGGCAUUUUGCAGAGAGCUUGCCCAUUUGUACUUUAGGAUCUUUAUUUUUAUUUUCUGUUAUAUUUUACUAUAACAAAACUGUGAUUUCUGUUCAAAAGGAGUAUGCCUGUCCAUUGUAUGUUUUUUGUCCCUGUAUAUCUUUUUGUUCAUUUUUGUUUUUCUUGUUUUUGGAGAAUGAUUUGUUUUUCUAGGUUGCAUGUUGUAAAGCUAGUAAAGGACUUAGCUUAACACUGGAUACUUUGACCAAUGCCCAGCUGUGAUUAGACUACAAAAUUGUUAGAAGAACAAGAUAUGUGGUGUAUUAUCAACAUUGGUUCUGAUUCUGGUAAUUUAUGUUGUGUUUCAUAGAAUGUGGUUUGCCUUAAAUUAUUUACAAGUUAGGAAACUGUUGGACAAAGAUAUUGGCACACUUCAAAUUUCUUGUGAGGGACUUGCACCAAAUUGGUUAUAGAAGCACUUAAGAUAGCUCUAACAAAUGUGAGUGUUUUUUUAUAGUCUUAUUAAAUCACACAGGCAGUAUGAGCAUUACAGCUUAAAGUCAAUUAUAUAAAGCUGAAAAGGUUGUAAAACAGCAUUUGGCUCAAUUAAGUUAAAGUAUUGUAAAACUGUGAAUUUGUCCCAAACUUAGUUUGAAACUUCAAAUUGUUUCAGACUUCUAAUCAUUUUGACCAUUUUGAAUAAGGCAAGACAUGCAGUACAGUAUUUCCAUACUCAUUAGACAAUUCAUAAAUACAUCUAUCAAAUUCAGUAAAAAUGCUAAAAAGAGGUCAUUAUUAAAAUUAUAUUAUACAAAAUGUUAAGAUUUAGUAUAAAAACUUAAUU